AUGUUUGUCCUCUGCAGGCUGGUACAUUCGGGCUCCCAUCGCGGCUCCCCGGCACACGGCUCAGAGCUUCUGUUCUCAACGCGUAGCGGCACAGGGCGCGGCGUGGAGGCGCACGUCUUCAGGGUGGAGACGCACUGGGACCUGUCGUCAUGGACACGCGCUCUGGUGCAGGGCGUGCACACAGCAGCAGAGCUCAUCACGGAGGUGUCCAUCGGCUGCACACUGAACCGCCAGGACGUCCGUCUCACUCUUCACUUUGAGAACGGCUUCACUGUGACACGUGAGCCAGACAAGGCAUCAGGGGGCGCUGUGCUCUACAGAUAUCCUUACGAAAAGCUCAAGAUGUCUGCUGAUGACGGAGUAAGGAACCUCUGCCUGGACUUUGGAGGUCCUGAAGGAGAAAUGGUGAGAUGCUCCUUCGGUUCUCCUUUUUUGACCAUUGUUCCUCCUCAAAAACAGUUUUAG